AACCAAAAAACCUAGAAAGUACUUAUUAGAAAUGUUCAACUUCACAUAUUAGGCAAUUUUCUAAUUAAUUUUCAUAAAAAUGGAAAGGAAAACGGGUGCAGUACAAAUUCAAGGAACAAAAUAUGUUUCUCAAAGUUCGCAAAUGUUGGUGUCUUCUGGAAUGCCUGCUCUAGAUGAAAUUUUAGGAGGGGGUUUACCAGUAGGAACUGUAGCUCUAAUUGAAGAAGAUUUGUAUGGGGCAUAUGCCAAAGUUAUGCUUAAAUAUUUUGUUGCGGAAGGAGUUGUUAGUAACCAUUCGAUAUUUUUAGCUAGCCAAGAUGAAAGUCCACAUGAAGUGAUUAGGGAACUACCUGCUGUGAUCCAAUUUGACCAAGAACACACAGAAACAUUCUGCAAACCAAAACCAUCAGAAACCAAAAUGAAAAUAGCCUUUAGGUACGAGAAUCUACCAACACAAGAGGAUGAGGACAAACAUAUCGAAUUAGGGCACUUUUAUGACUUGACGAAGAGAAUGUCUUUAACGGACAUUGAAAACACAGAUAUUCAUUAUUGGAACGGAUAUAGAGUUGAAAAUUGUGUCAGUGCUUUCUCGAAUCCAGCCUACCAUGACCUGUUGCGCCAGAUCAAAACGAAGAUAAAAGAGGAUAAAUAUUUUCUAAAAGAUAAUCCGCCCAAAAAAUCAAUAUUACGAAUAGCCCUGCAUUCGUUAGGAUCGCCGCUUUGGUUACCAAGUAAAAAUUCCCUACAUUCCCUGGAUUACAGUAGAGAUUUGGACAUGUUUAUAUUCUGUUUAAGGGCCUUGGUUAGGUCAGCUUUAGCUGUGGCUGUGAUCACUAUUCCGUCUCAUCUUUAUAGAGAGCAUGCACUAGAAAGAUGCAUACACUCAAGCGACAUAUCUAUGAGGCUUCAAUCGUUCGCUGGUACAGAAUUGGAGACCAACAAAGUUUUAUCAGAGUAUCACGGUUUCUUUCAACUAACAAAAUUAGCACCAAUAAAUUCGUUCGCAUCUAAACACCCUGGUUCGUUAGAAUAUGUAUUCAAAUUGAGGAGGAAGAAGUUCGUCGUUGAGAAAUUACACUUGCCGCCAGACCUAGAGGACAGUGCUAGUGAUAGUAAAAAAGAAAAAUUUGCAACAGCAGGUUGCCACGGGACGAACAGACAACUGCUGGAUUUCUAGGAAUGAAGAAGAUGAAACAAUUAGAGAUUCUAUUUAUUACCAGAGAUCUUAUUGAGCCGAAUUAUUUUUUUUAUGAAUGUGAUAACUUAUUAACUGUGUUUUAUUCUAUUACGAUAUGUUCUCGAGAAAUUGUGAUUAAGAGUCUAGUAGACAUCAAGAGUUGAUUGUUAUUAUAGAAUUUAUGAUGACUGCCAAAAAAGUAUAUGAACAUAGAAAGGAGGUAAUUUCGUGAAUAAAAGAUUGGAAAUAA